AAAUAAAGGUCUGUUAAAUUCAAAAUUAUCUCUCUGUCUCUCUCUCUGUCUCUCUCUCUCUCUCUCUCUCUCUCUGUCUCUCUCUCUCUCUCUCUCUCUCUCUCUCUCUCUCUCUCUCUCUCAGACAUUUUGUUCCUCUCACCAACGUGAAGCCGGUGAACCCGGUGAAUCCGGUUCCGGAGCCUAACAUCCCUGCUCUGAGACGGAAGGGUGAUCUGGACUGGGAGUCUCAUGGCCAGCGUCGUCAUCGCCACUGUUACUUCAGGAAGGCUCAAGGCGGCGGGGGGCUGUUGCCCCUGCCCUCAUCUUACGUCCGCGCCGCCCUGCCCCCCCGCUUCAAGCGGGCCGGUCACACCCAACCGCCGCCCCCCUCGUCAGCGGGAGCCAUGACCUACGACCCAAGCUGGGUCCAGCGAGGUCCCGGGCCCCUCCCCCCCACCCCUCCACCUCGGAAGCCCCCUGUGACAUCAUCAGAGGAGGACCAGGAGGACGCCAGCACAGUGGAGGACCAGAAUCCAGGUUUCCAGAGUCCUGUGGUGUCCACUGCUGCAGAGCCUGUCACCAGUCUGGCUGUUGAGGAAGGUGGUGCUGCUGAGUCACCAACAGACGGCCAGCAGGGCCAGGCUGUGGCUCCUCCUCCCAAGCUGGGAGCCCCUCCGCCUCCUCCCCCUGCCUCCUCCUAUUGGGUCCAGCGAGGUCCCGGGCCCCUCCCCCCCACCAGCACAGUGGAGGACCAGAAUCCAGGUUUCCAGAGUCCUGUGGUGUCCACUGCUGCAGAGCCUGUCACCAGUCUGGCUGUUGAGGAAGGUGGUGCUGCUGAGUCACCAACAGACGGCCAGCAGGGCCAGGCUGUGGCUCCUCCUCCCAAGCUGGGAGCCCCUCCGCCUCCUCCCCCUGCCUCCUCCUAUUGGGUCCAGCGAGGUCCCGGGCCCCUCCCCCCCACCAGCACAGUGGAGGACCAGAAUCCAGGUUUCCAGAGUCCUGUGGUGUCCACUGCUGCAGAGCCUGUCACCAGUCUGGCUGUUGAGGAAGGUGGUGCUGCUGAGUCACCAACAGACGGCCAGCAGGGCCAGGCUGUGGCUCCUCCUCCCAAGCUGGGAGCCCCUCCGCCUCCUCCCCCUGCCUCCUCCUAUUGGGUCCAGCGAGGUCCCGGGCCCCUCCCCCCCACCAGCACAGUGGAGGACCAGAAUCCAGGUUUCCAGAGUCCUGUGGUGUCCACUGCUGCAGAGCCUGUCACCAGUCUGGCUGUUGAGGAAGGUGGUGCUGCUGAGUCACCAACAGACGGCCAGAAGGUGGUCAAGCCGUCAGCCAUCAUCAGCCCUUGUCCCUCCUCUUCCUCCUUCUCACCCUCCUCCUCCUCAUCUCACACUCCUCUGGCCUCACACCUCCCAGUGCCAGCACACAACCAGCCACGCACCGUUGCCAUGGCGAUGCCAGCCACGCCUCCCUGGUUGGUUAAUGAGUUGGGCGAGCCUCUGUGCACCGUGGUGGCUCCGCCCUCUUACUCCUACCACCCCAACGGCAGCGACUUACCCGGAGACUGCAGAGUUCUCCAGUACUACUUCAACUUAGGAGUGCAGUGGUGCCACCAGAACUGCUGGCAGCUGGCCUACGCACCCCCCUCACCUGAGGCGCCCUACACCUACCAGGCCUACCCCCACUACCACGCCCCCCCCACCCAGGAUGCAUCGCUCCACGGCGCCCCUCCCCAGUCUUACCCCGAGGCAGGCCGAGGCCCCGGCUCCCACCACACCCCCCCUUCCUACCCAGAAUCCACCAGGCCAGCAGACGGACAGACGGACGGACACGGCAGCGGCCCCGCCCUCUCCCUGGAAGUCUCCUCCCCCACCUCCUCCUCCAUCAGUCGUGUGCCUACAGGCUCCGCCCCCCCGCCACUCCUCUACCCGGAGCAGCCCCUCCCCCCUGCCCCCUCUCCUCUUCCUCUUCCUCCUCCUCCUCCUCACCCCCACUCCUCCUACCACACUUACCUCCCCCCUGCCCCCCUCCCCCCUGCGUUCCCACCAGGAGGCCCUGCCCACGGGACCCACCCACGGGUCUACCAGCCCGCCACUAACCCCACCCACAUGGUUGGUUACAUCACAGCCCCGCCCCCUCACCACUCAGCCACUCACUACCUUCCACCGAGCAUGUGACCCUGCUAGCAUGUGCAGAAACAUGCUAACGCUGUUAUUUAGCUGUCAGCCAAUCAGAGAGGGGGCUGGGCUGUGCAGGCGUGGCCUAAUCCUGUGUUUGUUCAUGGAAAAUAUUUCUGUUCAGUAUUCAAACGGGUGAU